GUUCCCUGCUGUACUCUGGAGCCUGCGGUGCUCGGCGGCCCCGCCAUGGAGGAGAGCAGCGGCAUCCGCCUCUCGGCCGAGUGCCUGGACGAGCCGCCCAACAGCCGCGUCUUCGUGGUGCUGGGCAAGGACACCGGCGAGGCGCUGAUCCGGGAACGCUUCUCGCCCUUCGGGGACAUCCAGAACAUCUGGCUGCUGCGGGACAGGCGCACCAACGAGUCCCGCGGCAUCGCCUUCAUCAAGUUCGCCCGCAGCUCGCAGGCCUGCCGGGCCAUGGAGGAGAUGCACGGCCGCAGCCUGCUCCCCGACAGCAAGCCCAUCAAGGUAUUUAUUGCUCAGUCAAGAGCUUCUGGAAGCCACCGAGAUCUUGAAGAUGAAGAGCUUACACGAAUCUUCGUUAUGAUACCAAAAACCUACACGGAGGAGGAUCUGCGAGAGAAAUUUAAGAUGUAUGGAGACAUUGAAUAUUGCAGCAUUAUUAAAAACAAGACUACUGGAGAAAGUAAAGGUUUGGGCUAUGUGAGGUACCUGAAACCAUCGCAAGCUGCCCAAGCAAUUGAAGAGUGUGAUCGAAGCUACAGGGCCAUUUUGGCUGAACCCAAAAAUAAGUCAUCUGAGUCUUUUGAACAUGAUUAUUACAGUAAUAGCAUGAGGCCAGAACUGAGAGGAAAUACGCUUCCAUUCUGUAUGCAGCCAGAAUUUUGUAGCUUUGAAAAAGCUGAGGCCCGAAUUCAAGAGCCAGUCUCCAAACGCCUGUCGGUGAUAUCUCGGCUGCCCUUUAUUCAAGAGCAGCUCUUUGCCCUCUUCGAUUUAGUUCCAGGUCUGGAAUAUUGUGAUGUUCAGCGAGACCCUCAUACCAAUAGUGGGUAUGCUGUGAUUCAGUACAGCACUGCUGCCUCUGCUAUAUAUGCCAAGUACAAACUACAUGGGUUUGAGUAUCCUCCUGGAAAUCGACUAACUGUCGUUUUCCUAGAAGAUGGGAAUGAUAGCUCCGACCUUAUCAGGAAAAUGGCAACACAGCUGGUGACAGCCCAGGUGUCGUCAGCGUUGCGCAGUAACAGCGCGAUGGUUCAGCAGUACAGGUCGCCUCCUCAAACAUUUGGAGGAACUUCUGGCCCACAGUUGCUGCAGCCCCAAACAGAUGCCAUACUUCCACCACCCAAAAAAAAAGUUCCACCUGACACUUCUGUGAAGGAAAGGCUUUUCAUACUUUUUCAUCCCCAUCCUUUACCUGUAAAUGUAUUGGAGGAUGUGUUCUGUCGUUUUGGACAAUUGAUAAGUGUUUAUCUCGUGGCUGGAAAAAACGUGGGCUAUGCAAAAUUUGCAGACAGAGCCAGUGCCAGCGAGGCCAUAACUGCACUACAUGGCAAGAUUGUGAAUGGUGUGAGGCUGAAAGUGAGGCUGGCAGACUCACCCCCAGAGGAGCCCAACAAGCGCCAGAGAACUUACUGAGCAGAAACUAAGUAAUGACAUGACCCUCAGCUAGCUGACUGACUGACUGAAACGUGACUAGACAUGGUUCCUGUGGACAGUGACAGCUUUUUUCAGUGACAACUUUUUUUUUUUUUUUGUUGUUAAUUGUUACUUAGUUGAUCUCUCUAUCGUUUCUAUCUCCUUUUACUUUCUGAAUAUGCAGACCUGCAGUUUUGAAAAAUAUGUAGGCAUUAAAAACUGUAAACUGGUGGUUGUUCUUGUAAUAGUAUAUAACCUUGUAUUACAGAAAUAGCUCUUGUUUUUACAUGAAUCCUUCCUAUAAGAUGGAAAUUGAUGGAGGAAAUAAAGGAGCCAGCAUUUUCUGACUUGACUGGUUAAUUGAUAAUGAUUCAGAUUCUGUUAAAAUAGAAGACAUCUCUCAUGAUCCAAAUUGCAUUGAAAAUGAAGUACUUUUAAAAAUUCUAGCAGACAUGACAGUAUUAAUCUAGAUUUAAGAAAAUAGCUGUAAUCAAGAAAAUAAUUCCAAGUACGUUCUUAAAUAUUUUGUUGCUUUGGGCCAGAAUGAUUCCUUAUGCUGUUUAGUGAAAGAAACAUUUGACUGUCAGACUACUAAAGCUUCUUGUAUUUAUGCUU